GUGAGCUUUGGUAGGGCGUGCAUCUAUAGGAGUUCUUCCACUUCGUGGACAUUUUCAGAGGCAAAGCAUGCUAAAGAAACCUGUUUGGGAGAGGUUGGGGUGACAAAUUCAGACAAGGAAUUUCAAACCCUCACUUUUAAGUUGAACCCAUGUUCUCUCGGCUGAAUCCUGAAGCAGCUGUAUUUGUUCCAGUUUCACCGACUAAAUUGAUUAUGAUGGAUGAGGCUAUAAUCACUGCAUCUCCUGGUGUACAGAUUGAAGAAGACAUUUUACCCCCUGUGAAUAUUGAAUAUUCAAGUUGUCCAAAACAAGUUGAUUACUUCAUGAGAGACAACUUCUCUACAGUUCCUAAUAAAAUCAAGGAGCUAAGUCACGUGAUCGAGCACAUGAAACAACAAGGGGUUGACAAAACUUCAGGAUUGGAGUGCAAUAGGAUUGAUCUCGAAGGCCUCGAUAUUGUUGGGCCAACUGAUCCAACAAUCGCUGAUAAUAGUCCCGCUCAGAUAAUAUCUCUCAUUCUUAGCCAUCGGCCACAAAAUUUUGAAAAUGAUCAGAUUGUAUCUGAUGUAGUUUUACCCAAUGAAGGGGGGGCACCACAAAAAAAGAAACAUAAGUCUAAGAGUAGAAACAAGAGAAGAUACAAGAAAUUUGAACCUAACACUGUGGAAAAUGAAGGAUUCAUAACAGAGCUUAGGAAAACUCCUCCAAUUGACCUGACUUUUAAGCCAAUCCAGAACUUUGGUGAUGAAAAUCCUUUUGUCACUCUUCAAACACCUACCAUUACCACACCUAAUACCACUCCUAUUGAUGACUGUUACAAUCUUGCUGAAUUGUACAAAACACCACCAACAUCUCCAAAGAGAGAAGUAUCAUUUGAAGAUGAAAUAAAUGAAAAGAACAUCAAAACAAACACACCCCCUUCUUUCAUACUGAGGAGAACACCUGUAAAUGAUGACGUAGUUCCAUUUGAAAAGCUUGAAUCUCCCAACGAGGUCCCUCCUUUCAUGCAUCCUCCAAAUGCAAAUAGAGUAAUUUUGUCUACUGAAUUGCCAAAAUCUCCUGAAAUUGAGGAAAGACUAGAAAACAUUGAGGAUAGUAACAAAGUUAACAAGAAGAGUGAUUUAUGUGGAACAAAGCAUGACCUGAGUGGCCAGACUGAAAAUAACAAGAAGAAGAAAAAUCGUUUCUAUUCCGAGAAAAAAACAAGCGAUAAAUCAUUAUUAAAUCAUGAACUGGAUUCUGGAGAAAACUUUUUGAGACCUGAAUACACAAUGAAACAUUCAAAAAAAGAACGUAAAUCUAGGUUCAAACAAAAUAAUGUUGAAACAAAACUUGACAGAGAGGCGUUUGAAGCUGAUUCAUCGAAAAAGAAUGUGGAUGAACAAUUGCCACAUAAACAUGAUGAUCUUACAACAAUUACCAGUGAAUCCAACUUCUUAACUAGAUCAGAAUUUACUGAAGUAGAUGAAGCUCAUGUUAAUGACAUUAAGCAAGAAAAAAUUGAUGAUGAUUUAAACGUUGAGAUGCAGGAAACCAGCUUUACUACUGAGAAAACUGAUAAUAAGGAAUCAUUAAUGGACAUGCCCUUAUUAGAGCAGGAUCAAACACCAACGCUAGAAAAAAAUACAAAUGUGAACAAAGAAGAAACACAAGUUUCAAAUGAUAACAUUGAAUCUACUAUUAGAGAGGAAUUAAAGGAGAUGACGUUAGAACUUGAGGCUCAGGUUACCAGUUCACAGAGUACACCGGAAGAGUUAAGAAAUAUUGUUAGAGGUUUUGAAGUUAUUGACAAAGAUGAGCUAGAACUCAUCAACCCAGAUGAGAUAAAACAAGAAAAGUAUCCUACUAUGGAAUCAAACAAAGCUGAAAAUUUUGAAAACAGCUCAACAACUGAUUGUCAAUCAAAAGCUGAUAUUCACGAAAUAGAUGAGGGUAAGAAGUUUUGUUCUAUUGUUACAAAACAUAAAAAAGGCCUCAUCGCCAUCGGUAAAUGUAAAGCCUCUGAAAACUUUGAAAAAGAAAAUAGUCUUUUAAAGAUAGAUUCUAACUAUUUCCCCCAAUUCAACAGGGAAACAGUUGAGAACAGCGAUGCAGAUGAAGUAGCUCAACAGGUUUCAGAGGAUUUGAUUGCAGAAGUAAAAAAUGUCAUUGAAAAUCCUUCUUCAGAUACUGCAGGAAAUAAAAUAGUUGAAAACAAAAGUAUGGAACCACUCGCAGAGCCUGUUGAUCAAGAACAUAUGGAAAGUGAUGAUACUACAGGUCAAGUUGAAGAGGAGAAAAUUCAAGCAUCCAAUGAUGAUUUCGACGAAGUUCCACUCACCGAGACCUCAGAAGAGUUGCCAAUAGAAGAGCCUGCUCAUCCUUCACUCCAGCAAGAUCUGAAGGAUGCCCAGGACCAACUUAGCCUCUCUGACCAGCAACCCCUCAAAACUGAACCAGAAGCAGGGACUGAUGUGACAGACCAGUCCAGUGAAAAGGAACCUGAUGAAGAUACCGAAUUUUCUGAAGUUGCUAAUACUACUUCUGAAAUCCAAACAACACAGCCUCAAACUGAAGAUGAACAUACUUCUAUGACAAGAACUGAAACAGAAACUACAGUAGUGAAUUCACCUUCAGUUCAGGCCACAACAGGUAAACCAUCUACGACUAAAUCCACAACUGUUAAACCUGCUACUUCCGUUACUGAAUCAGCUAAAAAUACAAAAAAUAAUGUUGCACCUUCAAAAUCCAGCGUAUCUGCUAUAAAAUCCACUGCUUCGUCUACAACUUCACCAAAAUCUACUGCUUCAAAUAGUGCCUCUUCAAAAUCUACUUCUAGUACAACUUCUUCAAAACCUGCUGCUCCUGGUGUGACAGCUUCAAAGUUGAACACUCCAUCAAAUGUAGCCUCUACUAAGUCCACAAGUUCUAGUGUGACACCUUCAAAGCCUGCUAGUUCAGUGGGCUCCUCCAAAUCUAAUAGUACCAGUGGAGCUGCUGCAAAAUCUUCCACUUCUACCUCUACCACAGCAAAAACUACAAGUGCAACAACACAAAAGUCUACUGUUUCUAGUGCAUCUUCAACAAAACCAGGCACUUCCAAUAUUGCUCCUCCAAAAUCUUCAGUAGCUUCGAAAUCUGCUUCUAGUGGUUCAACACCAAUGAAAGUGACAGCAACUACGACCCCUGUUAAGAAACCGGUAGCACCAGCAUCGAAACCAACUCUUAGUAAGACACCAACCCCAUCUUCAACCAAACCUGCAGUUACAAGCACCGUCUCUUCUAAACCAGUUCCAAAACAGCUUCCUGUCGGUGAACCAUCAGCCUUAAAAUCUUCAAGUCCUACAAGCAAUCCUUCUUCCCCAACCACACCUAAAUCGCCAACUAUACCAAAAUCUCCAAUCACACCCAAAUCUCCAACUAUACCAAAGUCUGCCAUUCCUCCCAAAUCUCCAGCAUUGAAGACAAGUGCUGGAGAAAAGACAACAUCGCCUGCCAAAUCACCGCCUGCUUCCAAACCUAUCAAGGAUAAACCUUUAGAAAAGAAACCUCUUACUACAACUGAUAGUAAAUCAUUGGCUAAAAAACCUGAAGCACCAAAAAGCUCAGCCGCAGCAACAGUAAAACCUGCAGCUUCAACAAAAUCUAGUGUACCGGCACCAAAAACUGCCACCUCUCCGAAACCCCAAAUAACAACACCAAAUAAAACCACAUCAGUGAAACCCGAUAUUUCCUCUGCAGCCAAACCGAAACCAGGAGGUUCAAAUGAAAAUCCAAAUGUUUCUGUCUCUACCGGGGCAAAGAAGUCAACAGCUACAAUAGUGGCAAAAUCAGCAGAGAAAAGCAGCAAAGACCCUGCAGGAGUAAAAUCAGCUGUAAUUGGGAAACCUGCUGCGGCUAAGGCUUCUAAUGUCAAGAUUGAAUUGAAGGGAACAACAAAAAAUGGAGCCAAACCUCUUCCUGGCAAGAAAACUGAAGAAGGUAAGAAACAUGAGAAGUCUACUCAGGUUCAAGAUCUUAAGGUAACUACCACAAAUGAGAUCAACCAACCACCCAUGACCCAACAAGUAGCUGUUGUGUAAACUAAUCCUAAGGAUAAGAACAAUCUUACAAUAAUAACAGCUGUUAAAACAAAUUUUGAAAAUAAAAAUACAUUUUAUAUUUUAGUAAAAUGUAAAAAAAUGAAAGUAUGAAAUGAAACAAAAGCUUUUUAUAUUGAUUCAAGAAGUAUUUUAGUUGUUAUUAAGCUUUAAAAAUAAAUGUUUUCUUUUCUAGUAUUUAUUGCAUAGUGCUACCUAUAACAUUUUUAAAGAAUGGAAUAAACUCUUGACUUAAUGAUUUAAUAGCUGAUAAGUUUUUCAAAACUUGUUUACAUGGUACAAUUUCAUUUUAAUAACAAGUAUUAUAAUUUAGUUCUAAGAAAUGCUUUAUGUUUAAGUAUAUCCAAGGCUUCAUUUGAUGUUAAGUUGCCUUUAUAGUGAUUCUUUUUUUAUAAUACAUUUAACAAUGUUAAUAUAGACAGCAUAACAUAUUUUUUAGAUAUGAUGUUAUGUAUAUUUACAGUAUAUGCCGCAAAAAGUGACUCCUUACUUUAGAAAGAACAUGGAUAUUUUAUUUGCAUUGUGUGUUAAAUAUUUUUUGUUUGAUGAUAAAGAUAAUAUUUAUUUAUGUUUUAAAUAUUUCACAGGUGUGUAAUAACAAUGUUUUACACAUUCCCUAUUAUGAAAUAAAAAUGUAUAUA